AUGGAUUCUUCGAACAACCACGAUGCCAAUGAUGAGAACACACAAGGACAAGGAGAAGGACAAGGAGAUAGGUGUAAGAUGCCUCCGCCAAGUGAUAAAAGUAAAGGGAAGAGGAAAGAAGCUCCACGAGGUGAUGAUGAUGGUGGUAAACCUAAGAAGAAGUCCCUUGUAUGUCCAACUAAACAAGGGACUUCAAACUUGAAGAAGCAUUUGGAUACAUGUAAACCGUACAAGGCAUGGAAAGGGCGUCAGACACAAGCUGUUAUUAGUGAUGAUGGAAAGCUGCAAGAUGGAAGACUAACAGAGAGUGUCUUCCGAGAGGCUUCAAAUGAAAUGCUUGUUUUGGCAGAAUUGCCACUUGCGUUUAUUGAGUGUAUGGCUUGGAGACAUUUCUGCAACAAGUGUAAUUUAUUCAAACCUCAUUCAAGAAGAACAGCUAGUAGAGAUAUAAUUCAGAUGUUUUCUGCUAGGAAAGCAUCUUUGAAGGCUUGGCUAUCUUCUCAGCAGCAUAGAGUGUCUCUUACUACUGACAUAUGGACUGCUAAAGUUACACGAGCUAGUUACAUGGUGAUUACUGUGCAUUUUGUGGAUGCAGAAUGGCGCUUAAGGAAGUUGAUUCUUGGAUUUAAGUAUAUCACGGAUCACAAGAGCAACACAAUAUCAAAGGUUUUACUUGAAUGUCUUGUUGAUUGGGGCAUAGAGAAGUUAUUCACCAUCACAGUCGACAAUGCAACUGCCAACAGUAAUGGAUUGAAGAAGUUUGUUGAAGAAUUUAAGUUAUUGAGGCAUGAUUCUUUAGUGUUAGAUGGGACUUACUUGCACGUGAGGUGUUGUGCUCAUAUCAUCAACUUGAUUGUUAGGGAUGGUUUGUCUGAAGUGGGUGAUAAUGUGGCAGCUGUUCGUAAUGGAGUGCAGUAUGUUCGGUCUUCAGGUCCAAGAUGUGACUCAUUUGAGCAAAAGGUUGUUUCAGGGAAGAUGACUAGGGGGAGUUUGCCAAUGGAUAUGAGGACAAGGUGGAAUUCUACAUACUUGAUGUUGACAAGAGCCAUGAAGUUUAGGUUGGCUUUCCAGAAGAUGGAGGAUGAAGACAAGUUAUAUAAUGACUACUUCCUGGAACUUGUCGAUGGGGUGAAACGGAAAGGACCACCUUCUUACACGGAUUGGAGGGCAAUAGAGAGGUUAGUGAAGUUUCUUGGCUUGUUCUACACUGCUACUUUGGUUGUCUCAGCUUCGACUAAGACUUGUUCAUACAAGUGUUAUGGUGAAAUUGUCACUAUAGAGAAGAAUCUCACGACUUUGAGCAAUAGUUAUGAUAGUGAACUAAGCAAAAUGGCGAUUGAAAUGAGAGAGAAGUUUACUAAGUAUUGGGAAGGGAUCAAGAACAUUAACAAGAUGUUGAUUGUUGCUAGUGUGUUCGACCCUAGACAGAAAAUGCAGUUUGCUAAGAUGUGCUUUGACAAACUCUUGGAAAAGAUAGUCAAGAAGCUAAGGGUAUGA